AUGCUACUCCUGCUCAUUGUAUUAACUGCUCUCUUGACAAGGGCAGAAGAAACUGUUUGCAGGUUACAAGGAACACACGAACUGCCUCAUUUUUCAAAGGAUGCAGACAUUAUAAUUGGAGGAAUCUUUUCAUUUCAUGACAGUUUCCUUGAUGCCAAACCCACAUAUAAUGUCACCCCUAAACCACCAAGAUGCAAAGGUUUAAAUCUAAGAGAAUUUCAAUUUGCUCAGAGUAUGAUCUUUGCCAUUGAAGAAAUAAAUAACAGUUCAGAGCUACUUCCUAGUGUUUCUCUGGGCUACAAGUUAUAUGAUGAUUGUUGUUCCACACCUAUGGCAAUAAGAGCAGCACUGGCUCUAGUGAAUGGACAGGAAGAAAGAACGGAUCUCAACUCCUGUACCAAACAAUCUACUGUUCCUGCUUUUAUAGGAAAUUCUGGGUCAUCAGCAAGCAUAGGAGUCGCAACAACUCUUAGACCUUUUCAAAUUCCAAUGAUAAGUUAUUUUGCAACCUGUGCAUGUCUCAGCAACAAAAAGGAGUUUCCUUCAUUUUUCAGAACCAUACCAAGUGAUUAUUAUCAAAGCAGAGCCCUGGCACAGCUUGUGAAGCAUUUUGGAUGGACUUGGAUUGGGGCUAUUAGAAAUGAUGAUGAAUAUGGCAACACAGGAAUGGCUACCUUUGUGAAAGCAGCCCAAGAGGAGGGGGUUUGCAUUGAAUAUUCAGAGACAAUUUACAGAACGUAUCCAAGAGAAAAACUAAUUAAAACUGUAGAUGUUAUAAAAAAGUCAUCUUCAAAGGUUAUUGUAGCUUUCACUGCUUACAUAGAUCUUGAAGUUCUGCUUAAUGAACUGUUGCUUCAGAAUGUUACUGGAUUUCAGUGGGUAGGCACUGAAGCUUGGACUUCUGCUGAAUCUCAUAAAAGAGAAGCAGGUUACAGAGUUCUUGGUGGGGUAAUUGGACUUACUGCCAGUAAUGCAAAAAUAACAGGAUUGAAAGAAUUUUUACAGCAGGUUCGGCCAUCUUACACACCCGGGAACAUGGGUUUGAACACAUUUUGGGAAUCAAUAUUUAGUUGUACCUUGCCUUCUCAAGAAAAGACUGCAACAGUUAAUCCAUGCACAGGAUCAGAGAGUUUUGAAUAUAUAAACAAUCAGUACACUGAUGUAUCUGAUCUGAGGAUUACCAAUAAUGUCUAUAAAGCAAUGUAUGCUAUCGCCCAUUCACUACACAAUCUGAUUACAUGCAAAAAUGGACCUUUUGCAGAUAUGCCAUGUGCAAACAAUAAGAAGAUUGAACCAUGGCAGGUUCUACAUUAUCUGAAAACAGUUAAUUUCACUAUCAAGAGUGGAGAAAGUGUUUAUUUUGACAAGAAUGGGGAUCCAGCAGCAAGAUAUGAAGUAGUAAACUGGCAGCUCAAUAAAGAGGGCAAAACGCAAUUUGUAACAGUUGGCCUCUAUGAUGAUUCUUUGCCGGAAGGACAAAAGAUUGUAAUGAAUAACAUCAGUAUUGCUUGGGCAGAUGGCCAACAUAAGGUGCCUAAAUCAGUGUGCAGUGAGAGCUGCCUUCCAGGCACUCGGAAGGCUGUUCAGAAAGGAAAGCCUAUUUGCUGCUUUGACUGCAUACCGUGCGCUGCAACAGAAAUCAGCAAUAUGACUGAUUCCAUUGAUUGUGUGAAGUGCCCUUUGGAAUACAGGUCAAAUGAGGAAAGAGACAGAUGUAUCUUAAAAGAUAUUGAAUUCCUAUCCUUUGGAGAACUCAUGGGAAUAUUGUUGGUGAUAUUCUCCUUGACUGGAGCCUGUUUAACCACUGCUAUAGCUAUUGUGUUCUUUCGCUGCAGAGAUACCCCCAUUGUUAGAGCUAAUAACUCUGAGCUCAGUUUCCUUCUUUUGUUUUCAUUAGCACUGUGUUUCCUUUGUUCACUUACCUUCAUUGGCCAGCCCUCUGAGUGGUCCUGUAUGUUGCGCCACACUGCCUUUGGGAUCACAUUUGUCCUGUGCAUCUCUUGUGUUCUGGGGAAAACAAUAGUUGUGUUAAUGGUGUUCAGGUCUACACUUCCUGGUAAUAAUAUGAUGAAAUGGUUUGGGCCCACCCAGCAGCGGUUAAGUGUCUUUUCGUUUACACUCAUACAGGUCUUGAUAUGCACACUUUGGUUAAUACUAUCCCCUCCUUUCCCUAAUAAAAACAUGUACUCCUUCAAAGACAGAAUCAUUUUAGAAUGUGACCUGGGAUCUGCAGCAGCAUUUUAUGCUGUGUUAGGGUAUAUUGGGUUUCUUGCUGCCAUGUGCUUUGUGCUCGCUUUUCUGGCUCGUAACCUACCAGAUAACUUUAAUGAAGGUAAAUUCAUUACAUUUAGCAUGCUCAUAUUCUGUGCUGUUUGGAUCACAUUCAUUCCAGCUUACAUCAGUUCACCUGGGAAGUACACAGUUGCUGUAGAAAUAUUUGCCAUUUUAGCUUCUAGUUUUGGUUUACUUUUCUGCAUUUUUGUUCCUAAAUGUUUUAUAAUAUUACUAAAACCAGAGCUUAAUACAAAGAAACACUUGUUGGGCAAAAUGCCAUCAACAUCACAUAACAUGCUGUUCCUGGAGGUUAUACUGAUUGCUCUUUUUACUAGGGCACAAGAGCCUGUUUGUGUAGUACAAGGAAACCCAGAAUUUCCACAGUUAUCAAAGGAUGGAGACAUUGUAAUUGGAGGGAUUUUUUCACUCCACAGCAGCUGGAAUGGUACAAAAACAACAUUUGAAACAGUGCCUGAACCAUUGGAAUGUAAACAUUUAAAUUUCAGAGAUUUUCAGUUUGCCCAAACUAUGAUAUUUGCCAUUGAAGAAAUCAAUAACAGUACAGAAAUCCUUCCUAAUGUUUCCUUGGGCUAUAAGAUCUAUGAUGCUUGUGGUUCUGUAACUCUGUCUAUAAGAGCAGCAAUGGCUUUAGUUAACGGGCAAGAAGAAACACUCACUGAUAAGCCCUGCAGCAAAGCAGCUACUGUUCAAGCUAUAAUAGGAGAAUCUGCAUCGACACCAACUAUAGCAAUCUCAACUACAAUUGGACCAUUCCUAAUACCAGUGAUAAGUCAUUUUUCUACAUGUGCAUGCCUGAGCAACAGAAAUCAAUUCCCAGCAUUUUUCAGAACCAUACCAAGUGACUAUUAUCAAAGCAGAGCCCUGGCACAACUUGUAAAGUAUUUUGGAUGGACUUGGGUUGGAGCAAUCAGAAGUGACAAUGAUUAUGGCAACUCUGGAAUGGCUACCUUUGUGCAAGCUGCCCAAGAAGAGGGGGUUUGCAUUGAAUAUUCAGAGGCCUUUUUAAGAACUGAUCAGAGAGAGAACAUUCUCGCAAUUGUAGAUAUUAUAAAGAUGUCCACCUCAAGGGUUGUUGUUGCUUUCACCUCUCACUUAGACAUGGAGAUUUUGUUACAUGAGCUGGCACUUCAAAAUGUUACUGGCUUGCAGUGGCUAGGCAGUGAAUCUUGGAUUACUGACAGAUAUCUGGCAUCAGCAGAAGGCUAUACAGUUCUGGGUGGGGCAAUUGGAUUUGCCAUUGGUAAUGCAGUUAUUACAGGUUUGAAGGAAUUUCUACUGAAUGUCCAUCCAUCCGAUGACCCUGACAACCCAUUCCUGAAGGAGUUUUGGGAAUCUGUUUUUAGCUGUACCCUGACUAGUCAACACAGGACUGAUAAUAUAAAUCCAUGCACAGGGUUUGAGAAUUUAAGUGAAGUAAAUAACCAGUACACAGAUGUAUCUGAGUUGCAAAUUUCCAAUAAUGUAUAUAAAGCGGUGUAUGCUGUGGCCAAUUCACUACACAAUCUUUUUGCAUGCAAAACGGGACAAGGUCCUUUUACUGACAAGACAUGUGCAAGCUCGACAAAGAUUGAACCAUGGAGGCAGGUACUACAUUAUCUGCAAAGAGUUAAUUUUACAAGUAAAAAUGGAGAGAAAGUCUACUUUGACAAUAAUGGAGAUCCAGCAGCAACAUAUGAAUUAGUUAACUGGCAGCUUAAAGAUGGACUCACUGAAUUUGUCACAGUAGGUUACCAUGAUGCAUCUUUACCAGCCGGACAGCAGUUUACAAUAAAAAAUAUCAGCAUUGUUUGGGCAGAUGGGCAGAGUCAGGUGCCUAAAUCAGUGUGUAGUGAGAGCUGUCCUCCAGGCACUCGGAAGGCUGUUCAGAAAGGAAAACCUGUUUGUUGCUUUGACUGCAUACCAUGUGGUGCAGGAGAAUUCAGUAACACAACAGAUUCCAUUUAUUGUUUUAAGUGUGAUCCGGAAUACUGGUCGAAUGAGCGAAGAAAUCAGUGCAUCUUAAAGGCAAUUGAAUUCCUAUCAUUUGAUGAAAUCAUGGGCAUAUUACUAAUGAUAUUGUCAUUAUUUGGAGUGUGUGCAACAAUAGCAGUAGUUACUGUUUUCUUUCGUUACAGAGAUACACCCAUUGUUAAAGCUAAUAACUCUGAGCUCAGUUUCCUACUUCUGUUUUCAUUAGCACUCUGUUUCCUUUGUGCACUUACUUUCAUUGGCCAGCCCACUGAGUGGUCUUGUAUGUUGCGCCAUACUGCCUUUGGGAUAACAUUUGUCCUAUGCAUCUCUUGUAUUCUGGGGAAAACAAUAGUUGUGUUAAUGGCGUUUAGGUCUGCCCUUCCUGGCAAUAAUAUUAUGAAAUGGUUUGGGCCGGUCCAGCAGAGGUUAAGUGUUUUUGCAUUCACGUUCAUUCAGGCCUUAAUAUGCACACUUUGGUUAUCACUAUCCCCCCCUUUUCCUAAUAAAAACAUGACAUACUACAAAGAAAGAAUCAUUUUAGAAUGUGACCUGGGAUCUGCAGCAGCAUUUUAUGCUGUGUUAGGGUAUAUUGGGUUUCUUGCUGCCAUGUGCUUUGUGCUUGCUUUUCUGGCUCGUAAGCUGCCAGAUAACUUCAAUGAAGCUAAAUUCAUUACAUUUAGCAUGCUCAUAUUCUGUGCAGUUUGGAUCACUUUCAUCCCAGCUUACAUCAGUUCACCUGGGAAGUACACAGUAGCUGUAGAGAUAUUUGCUAUUUUAGCUUCUAGUUUUGGUUUGCUUUUCUGUAUAUUUGCUCCCAAAUGUUAUAUUAUAUUACUGAAACCAGAGAAGAAUACAAAAAAACAUUUGAUGGGUAAAAUGCCCUCAAAAUCACUUUGA